AUGGGGACGAUAAUGAAAAACGUUACGCACUAUUACACAUAUGUAAAUGAUGACCUGGCUGAUCCACGAACGAAGGACUUCUGGCUUGUAUCCAGUCCGAUGCCAGUCAUGAUGAUCAUGUUUUUGUACCAUCGUUUUGUUCGUUCAUGGGGCCCGACGUUUAUGGCCGACCGUCCCGCAUAUAACUUAAAAUCUUUAAUAGUUUUGUACAAUGUCCUUCAGAUAUAUUUAAAUGGCCUUUUAGCGGUGCAGUGCCUCAGGUGGCUAUAUCUGCCCGGACACUACAGCUUGUGGUGUCAGAAAAUCAACUAUGAGGACAAUUAUAUAGAACGGUUGGUCAUAGACUACGUGUGGCUGUACUAUGUUAUCAAACUAAUAGAUUUGCUUGACACCGUAUUUUUUGUGUUAAGAAAGAAGUUUAGGCAAGUAUCAUUCCUGCAUGUGUACCAUCACUUGGGCAUGUGUUUUCUGGGCUUUAUCGGAACAAAAUACGUACCAGGUGGUCAUGGCAUAAUGUUGGGCUUCAUUAAUUCCAUAGUGCAUGCAGUAAUGUACAGUUACUACUUGAUAUCGAUAGUGCGGCCGGAAUGGGUGAGGAUAUGGUGGAAAAAGUACAUCACACAAAUGCAAAUUUUGCAGUUUCUGCUGUUAAUUCUACACUUCGGACAUAUUAUAUUCGAGCCGUCGUGCGGCUACCCUAAAUGGGUAUCAUUCGUGUUCCUGCCUCAUAAUAUUUUCAUAUUGUUCCUAUUUUCUGACUUCUAUAUCAAAGAGUACAUAUAUAAAAAGAAAAAA